AUCCCGGCCAUCGCUCUCGCUCCGAGCUUACUUGCAUAUAUAUGCUUCUCCUCUCCUAGUCUCUGUCCAUCGAGUUAGCAGUUCAGUGUUGUGCACGCUAGCUAGCUAGCUAGCUAGAACUAGCUCGUAGAGCCGGAGGAAUUAAGCGACGAUGAUGAGCCCUAAUAAGCUCGCCGUCCUCACUGUCAUCUUCGCCGUGCUCGGCUCCGUGACUUGCCAGGGCGGAGGCUACUACUCAUCCCCGCCUCCGCCUCCGACUACACCAUCACCACCCGUUUACCACUACCCAUCCCCGCAACCACCACCAAGCCCUCCUACUGCAGGGUCCCAACUCAUAGUCGGGUAUUACAAGAACAAAUGUGGCGCUUACGUGGAUGUGGAGGCCAUUGUCAAGAAGCACGUCAAGGCCACUGAUGCUGGCAUGCAGGCAGGCCUUGUCCGUAUGUUCUUCCACGACUGCUUCAUCCGUGGAUGCGACGCCUCCGUCCUCCUGGACACGUUCAGCAACGACACCAGCCUAACCCCGGAGAAGUUCGCCGUGCCCAACUUCCCCAGCCUACGGGGCUACGAGGUGAUCGACGCGGCCAAGGAGGAGAUCGAGGCGGCAUGCCCUGGCAAGGUCUCGUGCGCGGACAUCAUCGCGUUCGCCGCCCGCGACGCGUCCUACUUCCUCAGCGGCGGCGGCAUCAACUUCGCCAUGCCCGCCGGCCGCUAUGACGGCAACGUGUCCCUCGCCAGCGAGGCCCUGUCGAACCUGCCCCCGCCGUUCGGCGGCUUCGACCAGCUCGUCAAGAUGUUCGCCGCCAAGGGCCUCGACGCCUUCGACAUGGUCACGCUCUCCGGCGCGCACAGUAUCGGCCGCUCCCACUGCUCCUCCUUCACCAGGGACCGCCUCCCGCCCAGCAACACCUCCGACAUGGACCCGGCGUUCGCCGCCACGCUGCAGGCUGACUGCGCGUCGGCCGACGGCACCGACAACACGGUGAUGCAGGACUUCCAGACCCCCGACGUCCUGGACAACCAGUACUAUAAGAACGUGCUGGCGCACAAGGUUCUCUUCACAUCGGACGCGGCGCUCACCACCGACUUCAUGGCCAAAAACCUGGUGCGCGCUUACGCGGAUUUCGUCCCCUAUUUGUGGCAGAAUAAGUUCGGCAAAGCCAUGGUGAAGAUGGGCGGCAUUGAGGUCAAGACCGCCGCCAACGGGGAGAUCAGGAAGACGUGCCGUAAAAUCAACAGCAGGUCGUGAUCACUGAUCAGAUGGCAUGCCGGCUUUGUCUUGUGUUUGUGUCCCUCCAGAUCAAACUCUGACGACGCUCAGAUGAAUGAAUGGAGAAUAAAUAACCAUUCUUUUUAAAGUUCACCGGGGAAGAUCCCCACCUGAAUGUAUGUAUUGAUUGCUUUUCUUUUUUUACUGAACGUAUUGAUUGCUUUUUGAGAGAACUGGAGGGGCUUGCGCCCCUACAGAAAGUUAUUGAGACAUAUGUAUUGAUUGCUCAGUGCCCUAAUGUUUAAAGAAUUACAUCAUUUUGAAGCUA